AUGGCGUCAGUGUUUGUGUACCAUGUGGUGGGUGAUCUAACGGUGGGGAAGCCGGAGCUGGUGGAGUUUCACGAGAGUGAGACGGUGGAGUCCGCGAUUAGGGCGAUUGGAGAGUUCCCUGAGGGGAGCAUACCCAUUUGGAAGAAGAGAUCUCAUGUGGGGAUUGAGAAUAGUGAGAUGAAGCAGCAGAGGUUUGUUGGUAUUCUUAGUUCCUUUGACAUAGUUGCGUUUUUGGCUAAGAGUCAGUGUUUGGAGGAUCAGGAUAAGGCCUUGAAAAUUCCUGUUUCUGAGGUUGUUGUUCCUAACAAUUCGCUGCUCAGGGUUGUUGACCCUGCUACAAGGUUGAUAGAUGCGCUGGACAUGAUGAAACAAGGUGUGAAACGUCUGCUUGUUCCGAAAAGUGUAGCAUGGAAGGGUAUGAGUAAGCGAUUCUCGGUUAUCUACUACGGCAAGUGGCUCAAGAAUAAUGAUUCUCCUGGCAACAGCAGCAACAAUCUACCUCCUAACUUGAAUUGGAGCCCCUCAGCAUCAGGAACUCCUCUCCCUGAUAAGUACUGUUGUCUCUCGAGAGAAGAUGUUCUUCGUUUCAUCAUUGGUUGUCUUGGUGCUUUGGCCCCCCUUCCUCUCACUUCCAUUGCUGCUCUUGGAGCAAUUAAUGCAGACUUCAGCUUUAUUGAAUCCUCUGCUCCAGCCAUUACAGCCACUAAAAAGCUUCCUCAAGAUCCAAGUGCAGUUGCUGUGACAGAAAACACAUCAGAUGGUCAGUUUAAGAUCCUUGGAGAAAUUUCUGCAUGUAAGUUAUGGAAAUGUGAUUACUUAGCAGCAGCAUGGGCUUUAGCAAAUCUCUCGGCCGGACAGUUUGUCAUGGGAGUGGAAGAUAAUAUUAGCUCAAGGUCCCUGCCUGAGUUCAGUGUAGAUUCACCAACUGGAAACAGUGAUUUAGUUAAUGGUGGUGGUUUAAAGAAACAAAGGAAAUUCAGUAGCAGGAGUAUUGGGUUCUUGAGCAAUUCUGGGAGCCAUAGCUUUGGCUCCAGGAGCAUGUAUAGGGGUAGGAGUGCACCUUUGACAUGUAAACUUUCCAGUUCACUGGCUGCUGUAUUGGCUCAGAUGCUAUCCCACAGGGCAACUCAUGUUUGGGUGACCGAGGACGAGAAUGAUGAUGUUUUGGUCGGUGUGAUUGGAUACACUGAUAUUUUAGCUGCUGUAACCAAACCACCUGCACUCAUGAUUCCUAUUAAUAGAUCUACAGAUGGGUUUGGAAAUGAAAUUCAGUGUUGA